GUUAAAGAACUGAGGAGAGAAAUGAAGGAAAUGAAGAGUGCGCCAAAAAAAAGUUUUCAAGUGGAUGGUUCUAAUGUAAAGAAACCUUUAACAGCUCUUCUGAAAAGCUUCUUCUUCACAUACCCAUGGAUAAGAGAAGAUGACGAGGAUUUAAAGAGACAAAUUACAUCAGUUCUGGAGGGGUGUGGAUGGGAGGCAGACAAAAAUGUCAUCAUCACAUGUUUCUCAUUUGCCUCCCAUUCUUUCACCAACUGGAGGAACCAGGUUCGUCAAAAGCUAGUGACUCAAGAUAAGCGGGUCGAGAUGAUGCCCAUCAACAAUCUUCAAAGGUACCUUUUCUCUGCCUUAUGGGUGUCGCCAUCUGAAUCGGAUGUGAAGAUUAAUUUCAGGGUGACCCUUGCACUGAGGGCUUUCGCAGAUGGGCACAGGUUGUUCAAGAACCCAACCACAGCCAUAGACUUCUGGCGUGCGUUUAGAAGGAACAUUGACACAAUGAUGAAACAGACACCAGAUAGAUGGGUUGCCCUUGAACAGAGAAUGAAAAAGAAAGUUGAAGCUUGCAAUAAAGAAGAUUAAGAAACAGAAA